AAUUUCCUGUCUUCUAUAUACACAUGUGCGUACACGCAGUCAUGCAGAAAUCUAGUAUACGUGUUGUGUAUCCACGUAUAAGCGCCUAUUCAUAUUUCCUGUAAUAAGACGUCGUAUAUCGCUAUGAAUUAGGUUUCUUAUUACGCUAGCAAACAUUCUGCAACUAAAUUACGACAGCAGACGACUUCCUCUUAAAUUUUUGAUCGCGCUGACAACUUAAAAAGACCCAAAUGCCUUCUUCUAAUGAAAAGUAUGUACUGGUUACUGGUGGAGCUGGUUAUAUAGGCAGCCAUACAGUUGUAGAGCUGAUACAAGAAGGCUAUACACCUGUUGUGGCUGAUAACUGCUGCAAUGCUACAAAAGGAAAAGACCAGCGGUUGCCAGAGAGCAUCAAACGCAUUAAGCAAAUUACUGGCAAAGACGUUUUGUUUUACGAGUACGAUUUACUGGAUAAAGAAAAACUUGAGAGCCUUUUCCAAAAGUACAAGUUUUUUGCCGCUAUUCAUUUUGCUGGCCUAAAAUCGGUGACUGAAUCAAUUCAAAAACCAAUGGAGUAUUAUGAUGUCAACUUGGGGGCCACCAUCAACCUGAUAGAGUGCAUGAAGGAAUACGGAGUCACCAGGGUCGUCUUCAGCAGCUCCGCUACUGUAUAUGGGCCCCCACAAAAACUCCCAGUUGACGAAAACCAUCAAGUUGGAAAAGGUCUCACAAACCCGUACGGGAAAACGAAAUUUUUCAUUGAAGAAAUUUUCCGGGAUUUGGCAAAAGCAGAAACGGGGUGGCAUAUUGCUUUGUUGCGAUAUUUUAACCCAGUGGGGUCCCACAUCACGGGGUUAAUAGGGGAAGACCCACAAGGAAUACCGAAUAACUUAAUGCCAUAUGUUUCACAGGUGGCUAUAGGACGCCUUCCGUACCUUAACGUUUACGGCAACGAUUACGAAACACACGAUGGCACUGGUGUGCGAGAUUUCAUUCACGUUGUUGACUUGGCUAAAGGCCACAUUGCUGCGCUGAAUAAAAUGGACCAAACUGAUGGAUGCCAGGCUUUUAACCUUGGCACAGGAACUGGUUAUUCUGUGCUUGAAGCUGUUGCAGCUUUUGAAAAAGCUUCUGGCAAAAAAGUUCCAUAUAAGUUUGCACCUAGGCGACCAGGAGACCUUGGCAACGUGCAUGCCAACCCUAACCUAGCUUUGAAAUUUCUGGAAUGGAGAGCAGACAAAACACUCGAAGACAUGUGCGUUGAUUUAUGGCGUUGGCAGUCCAUGAACCCAAAAGGCUACGAAAUUACACCUGACCCACAGUGAUGAUGUAGUUAAAGGAUUUAAUGCUAUUCAGUUCCAAACGUACUUGAUGUGUUACGAUUUAUCUGCACUUAUAAUCACUAUAGAUUUUAAGCUUAAUUAGUAUUUUUAUUAUUUGCAGUAGGCUAUAUAAAAUUUGUAAAUAGCACAUUUUGAAAAAAAUGAUAUUUUUGUAUAGAAGGGUGGGGUAAGAUGGGACAUCUUUUUAUUCUAUUUUCUUGUCUCAUUUGGUAGUAAACAAAGAACAUUCAAAGAAUUAUAAAACUGUAUCCUCACAACUCCCAUAGACCGUUGUUAAUAUGCGCUAAAAGUCUCCCAUCUUUCCCCACCCUACUAUAUGUUAUUUUCAGCAGUGGUACCAUUUUUAUUUUAACUCGAAACAAUUAUUUAUAGUGUAGUUAAACUGCACACGUGAAAACUAAAUGAAUUUAAUUGGAAAAUUUUAUAACGUAAAAAUAAUUAUAAAAAAGUUUUGCCUGUGUUUUUAAAAAUGUAAAAAUAAAGUUUUUUCCCAAAACAGAUACAAAAUCUGUUUUCAAGCUUAAAAUUUUCGGAACUGCCGGUUUAAAUAAAGGUAAUUGUAUUAUAUAUUAGUACGUAUAUACAAUAUAUUGUUUAAGCUUGA